GUAUAAAAAAAAAAAAAUACAGAGACUACUGUCAUGUUGCUACCUUGUGACGUGUAAAUAGUAGACUUUAAAACAAAAAACGUGAUACAGUUGUUGAUAUUAUGGAGUAUUUUAAAAACAGUUUAAAAUCUGUGUUAGGAGCUCCAGAACCAGGAAAUCAACCAACCGGAGCUGACACUGUUGAAAGAUUGGUUGACCGACUUGACUCUUCAAGUUUAUUAGAUGAUCGAAGAGAUGCAUGUCGAGCUCUUAAAGCUCUAUCAAAAACAUACAGAUUGGAAGUGGGUGCUCAGGGAAUGAACGCCCUUAGACAAGUUUUAGAGAUGGAUCGAACAGAUUGUGAAAUUGUAGGUUUAGCUUUAGAUACUCUUUGUAAUAUAACCAGUCCAGAAACCUAUGAUGAAGAAGUUGAAAAGUAUGGGGGAAAUAAAAUAGGGGAACAAUUCACAGAGAUAUUUAUUAAGCAACAAGAUACAGUAGGAUUUGUUAUAUCAUCUUUAGAAGACUUCGAUUUUCGUGUCAGAUGGCCAGCUUUAAAAUUACUAUCAAAUCUUGUGAUAAAUCGGCCUAAAGAUGUUCAAGAAAUAAUUUUGGUGAUGCCUAUGGGUAUUUCUAAGCUCAUGGAUUUGUUGAGUGACAGCAGGGAAGUUAUCAGAAAUGAUGCUUUGUUACUAUUAAUUCAAUUGACGAAAGGCAAUGCAAAUAUUCAAAAAAUUGUAGCAUUUGAGAAUGCUUUCGAUAGAAUUUUUGAUGUAAUUACUCAAGAGGGAGGUGCUGAUGGUGGAAUAAUUGUAGAAGAUUGUUUACUUUUGAUGUUAAACCUAUUAAAAGGUAAUGUCAGUAAUCAAACUUUUUUCAAAGAAGGCUCUUAUAUCCAAAGAUUAACUCCACUAUUCCAAUUACCUCCUGAUGAUGAUAGUACUUCGGUUGAGUGGAAACCACAAAAAGUAGCCAACGUUCACUGUAUGUUGCAAGUAAUUCGUGCCUUAGUUGCUCCAAGUUGUUCAGCACAGUUUGUUGGUUUAUGUCAACGUAUUAUGCACGAUUGUGGUCUUCUUCAAGCACUCUGUGACAUCUUGAUGGCCAGCGGAGUACCUGUAGAUGUAUUAAUUGAAACUAUCAAUGCUGUAGCUGAAGUUAUAAGAGGCAAGACAAGUAAUCAAGAAUUUUUAGCAAAUGUCACUGCUCCUAGUACACCUCCGAAGCCAGCUAUUGUAGUUCUCCUGAUGUGUAUGGUCAACGAAAAACAAUCACUUCAACUGAAAUGUGCUGUCCUAUAUUGUUUCCAAUGUUUUCUGUAUAAAAAUGAAGUAGGACAGAUGCAAUUAGUUCAAACACUUCUUCCACAGAGCAACGAAACUCUUUCAUUAACUAUGGGACAACUUUUAUGUGGCGGCCUGUUUUCCCCAGACCCAUUAUCUAAUUGGUUCUCUGCUGUUGCUUUAUCAUAUGCGUUAAUUGAUAAUCCUACCCAACAGGAACAGUUGUUAAGAGUGUUAUUGGCUACUAAAAUAGGAAAGCCACCAGUAACAUUAAUGCAACAGUGUGUGAUGCUUCUUCAACAAGGCAAUAAACCUCAAUGUAAAUUAGGACUGUUAAUGUUAUUAUGUAGAUGGACUGCUUACUGUCCUAUUGCGGUUAAAGCAUUUUUAUCAAUUGAUUCAUCAAUAUCAUACUUGACGGCCCUACUAUCUGCUCAUGAAAAUAAUGAAGAUUUAAUGGAAAAUCUUAUUCAAAGUAUGUGCGCUCUUUUACUCGGAAUAUGUGUACAUUUCAAUGAUAAUGACGUCUCCGAUUAUACUAAAGAACAAUUAUGUAAUUUAAUUGAAAAAAGAGUCGGUAUAGAACGGUUUCUUGAUGCAAUUGGUGGAUUAGCGAGGCAUGAAGUUUAUUCUCGAACAUUGAAACAUCCUCAACCUUCAGCAAAAAAUUCUGGAGACCUUUUACUUGAUCAUGAAUUUUGUCGACUCUCCAAAGCAUUAGAAGGAACCAUAAUGGAAUCAGUAUUUAAAGGAAGUGGUGUGCCCUCUAAUAAAGAUGCGACCACAACUUUAUCAAGCUCAGAUUCUGCUCUGUUAUCACAAUAUAAAGAUCUCAUAAGAGAACAAGAUGAAAAAAUACAACAAUUAACUCAAACAAAGGAAUCACUUAUGAAUGACAAACUCUUACUUGAGCGUCAAUUUCUAGAAUUACAAUCAGAGAUAAGUAAUCUGAAAGAUCAAAAUUUAGUUCUCAGAGCAGCUCAAACAAAUUUAAAUGAUAAUAAAGAAUUUUUACUAACUAAUCAUAAGGAUUCAUCAACUGAUGAAUCGAUAAUAGAGCAUCAGAAUAUAAUAAAACAAUUAGAAUCUCGACUGAAUGAAUAUCAAAUAAAACUUCAAGAAUAUGAAAGUCGAGAAAGUCAUCGAGCACAAUUAGAGAAUAUGUUAAAAGAAAAAUCAGAAGAAUUGGAUCAAUUAAAAAAAGACCAAGAAGAUUUAUUAAUGCUUUUAGCUGACCAAGAAUCGAAACUUGUUCUCUACAAAGAAAAGCUGAUUGCUUUAGGAGAAAAAGUUGAAUCUGAUGAAAGUUCUGGAGAAAUAGAUACAGAUGAUCAACCAGAAUCAAGUAAUUGAACUAGUUUUAAUUAUUUCUUGGCUUGUCCAUAGCGCAAUUGGAUACUGAUGUAAAAAUUAUUAAAUAAAAAAAAAAUAUUUCUCUUUAAAUAAAUGGAAAA